CACGUCACGUGCCACCCCGCAUAUAUCUCCAAAAUGGCACGACAACGAUUUAUUUACAACUCCUUUCCCUAGCUUUUAGAGAACAAAAGAAAAAAAAAAGGAAAAAUAAGAAAAAAUAAGGAUAAAGAAAAAAAAAAGAGCAAAACAAACACAUUCGAUAUCGCUCUGUCUUCUCUUGUUGUUGAUGUCUGCUGCAUGACGAGCGCUUGGCAGCUCUCGUACCUAUGGAACUCCCGCGCCGGCCGGAGCUCCGACGACCCGCCGGAUCCCGCCCUCGAUUGUGAUCUCCGGCGGCCCCGCCACCGUCACCGCCGCCGCAGCCGAGACGAUCCCGAUCCCAGCCACAACCCCUUGCCUCGUUCUCAGCCUGCUCACAGGAGUUUUUGCCAUCGUGCUGCUUCUCAGAUUGAGCAUGAAUCAGUUUGGUCGGAUCAGAGAAGCACAGGUGAUCCACAGACCAGAAGUGGAAACACCGGUGAAGUUCCAGUUGGUGUGUCAGGUAGGUUCAUAAUCAGAAACAACCAACUUCCUGAUGCUGUAGUACAAGCUCGAGAGCGACUUGUUGAGAGGUUGAGAGGUGUUUAUCUCGCAGGAACCAGGGACUCAAUCUCAGGUUCAGUGAUUUUUGACCCAAGCAAUAGUGUUUCUGUAGAUAGGGAAGAUGAAACUCCCCAUGAAAACAGAAAUAACCUGUACGAAGUUUGUUGGCAAGCUCUAUCUACUCUGCACCUCGAAAUUUUCACAAACCCAGAAGCAACCGGUAAAAUCAGAUCAUCACAAGAGUGCUCCAUAUGUUUGGAUAGUUUCAAUGAAGGUGACACGCUAAUCCGUCUGCAUUGUGGCCAUCGGUUUCAUCCCAUUUGCUUACAACCAUGGGUUCGAACGUGCAGUGAUUGCCCUUAUUGUCGAGCAAAUAUAACAUGUUAGAUUGAGGUUUGCUGCUCAUAUUACUACCUGAAGCUUGUUGUAAUUUUGAUCUUUAACUAAAAAGCAUGUGACAUGUGCACGUGUAAUGUAUGUAACACUUGUAUAAUGAGGAUUUACUAAACUAUGAACCAUUUUCUUCCAAUAUAAGUUAUUGAAACA